AUGGCAGAAAUUGGAAUAAAAAAAUGUAUUGCUGUUAUAACUGAUAAUGCAUCUCCCAUGUUAAAAGCUGCAAAAAUAUUAACUACUAAGUAUCCACAUAUUACUUCAUAUGGUUGUGCAGCCCAUGUAUUAAAUUUAUUGAUUGGCGAUAUUCUUAAAGUACAUUCCAUAUUAUUAGUAAAAACAGAAGCCAAUGAUAUUGUUAAACAGAUUAUUAGGUCUCAUUAUGUACAAGCAAAAAGUUUAUUGGCCAACAAAUUUACCUUAAAAGUAUUAGCAGUUUCAGAAGGUAUAGAAAAUUAUCUUACUCCAAGUGUAUUGGAGUCCAUUUUAAAUGAAGAAACAUUCUGGUCAAAAAUUUGUUUAUUGAUUUCCAUAUUUGAAGUAAUUGUCAAAUGGAUUACUUUAUUAGAAUGGGAUGAGCCAAAAAUAAAAGAAAAACAUCAAUUAAAUGAAUGUCUCAAAAAAAGAAAAAAAUAUGUAUUAAAACCAAUUCAUUUUGCGGCUAAUAUUCUAGAUCCAGCUUUCAAUGGUGUUCAUCUUUCAAAUAACGAACAAGUCUUAGGAACUGAAUACAUUGAUCAAAAGUCAAUAGAUAUGUGCCCCAACCAUUCUAUAGAUAUUAUGACACAACUUACAGAAUAUAGGUGUAAAGAAGGAUUUUUUUCUAACUCUUAUGUUUUUAAGUCUGUUGAUAAACUUUCGCCUACUGUUUGGUGGAAAGGGACAUGCUUUUGUUUGAAAUUGUCAGUUAUUGCUUUGGUAAUAUUAGAAAUGCCUCCAACUACUGCGGCUACUGAACGAACCUUUAGUACUCAAUGUUUUAUUCACUCGUCCAGACGAAACAGAUUAACCACAGAUAGAGCAGCAAAGUUAACAUUUAUUUCACAUAAUUUGAAAAUUAUGAAUCGAAAAGAUUAUAACAAAUGUUCUAGUCAUAUAAAUAACGAUAAUAGUCCUGAUCACGAGAACACAUUUAACAAUGAAAAUCAAAGUAAUCUUACCCUUGAAAGUCAUCAGAGUACAAAUUCUUUGGACCUUGACAAUUCUUCAAAUAUUGUUUACGGACACCAACAAAAUAUUAUCCAUGUAAGUGAAAAUGAUACAGUUGAUACAGUUACCCCUUUAAAACCAGGAUCAAAUAACAUGUACAUAUCCACACCAAAAAAACCAGAAUCAAAAAAAUCAAAAUUUCAAAGAUUAUUUAUUUUGUCUGAUGAAGAAGAAGAUCUAUAA